AUUUUACUGAGUAUGUUCUAACUAAUUUCUGAGGUCGCAUUUCGAAACCGGAGUUGCUAAAGCUGGGAGUUUAUUUUACUUCCAGCGUCGAUAAUGGGGGAUGCGAAGCGCUGGGACGUGACGUACACGAAGCACAUCAAGCAGAAGCGCAAAGUGUACCAAGACGGUUUUCUAGAGGUUCACUCUUCAAGCCACAAGGUUACUCUCUAUGAUGAUUGUGAGAAGGUUUUGGGUAGUAAGUUUAUGAAGAUUGAAAGUAAUGUUAAAUCAGGCGAAACACUAGCAUUUGAUUCUUUCCUUGUUGAUAUUGGUGAUCUACAUGGUGAACACAAGCCCACAGGAAAUGAAACUUCUGAGGCAAGGGAUAAGAAUAUUGAUAUGAAACCCCGAUCAUUUCACAACCCUAAAUUCAGUGUUACACCAGAGGACAGGAAGCCAUAUGUCAGGGAGAAGAAAGCAUUGACAAGUUCUCUAAGCCCAUCACAGAAACUAAUAAGAGAGUUCAAGAAAGUUGAGGUGCAGAAGUAUAGUUCUUCUCCAAGUUGUCUUGAUACUACAAAAUCCUGGGAUGGAGAAUGGCAGGUCUUGUACACCACUCAAUUAACUCAAAAAGCUAAGAAAUUCCAUGAUGGUUUUUUACAAGUUUCGAUGAGUGGUUCACAAUGCAAGCAGGCCAUGCUCUAUGAUGCCGCCAAAGGACUCUUAAGUAGCAGGUUUCUGAAAGUGAGUGAAACUAUUCAGUGUGGCGAAUCAAUAACUUUUGAUGGUUUCUUAGUAGAGAUUGGAGAAUGUGAAGGAAAUCAAAAGCCUCUUCUAGACUCAAGUUUUCAAGGAAGAAAUAUUGGAGUGACACAUGAUCAAAUACACUGUCAGCGUACCUCUCCUUCUGAAUGGUAUGUCAUGUACACUUCUCAGUUAACUCAGAAAAGAAAGAAGUAUAAUAGUGGAGUUCUCAGACUCUCGUCUUGUGGUUCCUUUCAAUCUCAGGUCACCCUGCUCACAGAAGGGGGAGACAUACUAGGUCGCAGGUUCCUCAAGUCAUCUGAACAUGUGGAAACUGGAGCUACAUUAAAUCUUCCAAAUUACUUAGUUGAAGUUGGCGAAACUCACACAGUUCUAGAAGAACCUCAACAUGGCGCUUAUGCCCAUAAAGAUACUGUUUCAAUCACAAAAAGAUUCAGUGUAAACAAUAGCAAGUUCAGCAGGGGCAUCUCUGCAAACAAUUCUGCUCUUGAAAGCAAUUCAGAAACUUUGCACAGCAAAGCUCAAAAUAGAACAUCUCUGAAAGAGGGAGUGAAUUUGAACCCUAGAAACUCCAGUUUCGCAAAUUCUACCAUCGGCGCUGAAGUUUCCAAGAAGCAUGUACGUGCUGCUUGUGAAAUCUUGUGUAAUCUAAAGAAACCCAUUAUUUCGGGACAUGUUUCAAGGGAAGGUGCCUCUCCUGAUGAGAUCGAAACAAUGCAACCAUCAGAUCACAAGAGACUUCGCAAAGAAGAAGAUGAAGAAACCAUCAUUACAGAUACCACAAGCUGCAAACCUAUAGCUGUUGAAUCUACUGUUUACUUUAGAGAAAAUCUAACUGGAGAGAUACUUGGAGCAACAACAAAUGACCUACUCCCUAAUUUUUCCAAGAUGCAUCCUUCCUCCUCACAUGAAAGUUCUGUAGAAAUAGGAAUACCAGAUGGAAAAGAAGAGGAAGGGAACGUAAGAUUGGAAACAAAAAGAAAAGA